AUGGUAGUCGACACAACGUACUAUGAUUUGUUGAGCAUUCAGACGACAGCCACAUCGUUAGAAAUCAAAAAGGCCUAUCGUAAGGCGGCGAUCAAACUACACCCAGAUAAGAAUCCAGAUGACCCCACUGCCGCAGCCAGGUUUCAGGAAGUUGGUGAAGCGUACCAGGUGUUGUCAGACGAAACGUUGAGAUCCAAGUAUGAUAAAUUUGGGAAGCAGGAGUCCGUUCCUAAGGAGGGUUUUGAAGAUCCACUGGAGUUCUUUUCUAUGAUCUUCGGGGGAGAAGCAUUCAAGGAAUGGAUCGGAGAAUUGUCGUUAUUGCAAGAAUUGUCGAAAAGUGCUGAGUUAUCAGGGUACGGAGACGAAGACGAUAAGAAGAAGGAGGAAAACAAAGAGAAAGAGGAAGCAAGCGCUGGUAAGACGUCAGGGUCUACAUUUGGUAGUACUCCUGCCUCAUCUGCAGCACCAGCUUAUUCCAGUUCGGAAACCUUUGGGACAUCAGCACCUACUGGUGCUUCUGAGGGUGGUACUUCCCACACUGGACCUGCAGCCACUGCUACCGAUUACGAGUCCAACCUAUCAAGCUCAACCAAAAAACUCUACCUUGAGCACGAACCUUCUACUAGCGAUUUGACCACAGAACAGCUCGAGGAAAAAAGGAGAAAGGAGGAGUUGGAGAAGUUUGAGGAAGAGUGUAGAUUGAAAAAAAUCGAAACUAGAAGAGAAUUAGCUGAAAAAUUGGUUACAAAGUUGUCAUUAUUUACAGAAACGGAUAUGAAACCAGACGUUGCAGAAUCGUUUAAGAAAAAGUUACAGUACGAAGCUGAAUCCUUGAAGAUGGAGAGUUUUGGUUUAGAAAUAUUGCAUACCAUUGGUUCUAUAUAUAAGACUAAGCUGAAGAUCUUUUUGAAGAAUCAGUCAUUUUUAGGAUUUGGUGGAUUAUGGUGGACAAUGAAGGAAAAAGGUGGAGUGGUUAAGGAUACUUUCAAAACCAUUACUACUGCCUUAGAUGCUCAACUGACGAUGCAAGAGUAUGCUAAGAUGCAAGAGGAUAACGAGUAUCACACCAAGCAUGACUUGGAGCAAGAGCAGAAGGAAAGAGAAGACAAGGCAAAAAUUGAAGAAAUUGUAGAGCAAACUGAAGUGAAGAUGGAAGAGCUCAAGAAUAACAGUAGCAGCAAUGGUGAAGCAAACAGCACUGGCGCUAACAAAAAGGAGAAGGAAGAAAUAAUACCAGAAAAGCACACAGCUGAAGAGUUGGCUGAUAUGGAAAGAUAUUUGAUGGGAAAGGUGAUAGCAGCUGCAUGGUUGGGGUCCAAGUUUGAAAUUCAAAGUACAGUAAGAGGUGUAUGUGAUGUCAUUUUGGGCGAUGAAGAAAUCCCAUUAGAGAAAAAGAUAGCCAGAGCAAAAGCUUUGCAGUUGGUUGGAGAAGUAUUCAGCAAGGUUACCAGAACGGAAGACGAGGAUGAAGAAGCUAGAAUAUUUGAAGAGUUGGUUGCAGAGGCAUCCAAAAAGAGAGAAAAGAAAAAGAAGAAGACGAACACUGAAGAAGCUACGGAGGAAGCUAAAUAA